AUGGCGGCGGCGGCGCGGGGAUUCGGUGGGGUUUGGUGCUGGGUGUGGCAGCGCGGCGGCGGCUGGUGUCCCGCCCCCGCCCCCCGCAGGCAGCGGGCCGUCUCCUGUAACGCGAGAGGCGGGGCGGUGCUGGCGGGGAAGAGCGGUCUUGCUCCCUGGGUACCAGUUGUGGGUCUGGAAAUUCAUGCACAGAUCAGUUCCAACUCAAAACUUUUCUCUGGUUCACAAGUCCAGUUUGCAGCACCUCCUAACUCUUUGGUAUCUUUCUUUGAUGCUUCUUUACCAGGAACUUUACCAGUUCUCAACAGGAGAUGUGUAGAAGCAGCAGUGAUGACAGGCCUGGCACUCAACUGCAGCAUAAACAAGAAGUCCUUGUUUGACAGAAAACACUAUUUCUAUGCAGAUCUGCCUGCUGGCUAUCAAAUCACUCAGCAAAGAGUUCCUAUUGCGGUGAAUGGAAGACUGUCAUACAGUCUCUGCAUAGACAACAAAAUGAGCCAGAUGGUGACCAAAACUGUGAGGAUUAAACAAAUUCAGUUGGAGCAAGACAGUGGAAAGAGUCUUCAUGAUGACACAAGGAGCCAGACUCUUGUUGACUUGAAUAGGGCUGGAGUUGGCCUCAUGGAGGUUGUCAUGGAGCCUGAUAUGUGCUGUGGGGAGGAAGCAGCUGCAGCAGUCAGAGAGCUUCAGCUCAUUCUUCAAACACUUGGGAGCAGCCAGGCAGUCAUGGCAGAGGGUAAGCUGAGAGUGGAUGCCAAUGUUUCUGUGCAUCACCCUGGAGAGCCUUAUGGAGUGAGGACUGAAGUGAAGAAUAUCAAUAGCAUACGAUUCCUGGCAAAAGCAGUAGACUAUGAAAUACAGAGGCAAAUUGAAGAACUUGAAAAUGGAGGAACAAUUCUGAAUGAAACAAGGGCCUUUGAUUCCAAGCUUGGGUGCACUGUACCAAUGAGAGACAAAGAAGGAAAACAGGAUUAUCGGUUUAUGCCAGAGCCAAACCUUCCUCCAUUGAUUCUGUAUGAUGCGAAAUCUUUGCCAGCUAAUAUGAACCAUCAGCAAGUGGUAAAUAUUGACUGGAUUCAUGAGAGACUGCCUGACCUCCCCAGUGUGAAGAGAGCAAAGCUUGUUGAACAGUAUGGGAUUCUUCCUGAACACAGCUUCACCUUAUUGAAUGAAGAUGGAUUAACAGAAUUCUUUGAGAACGUGGUAAAACAGACCCAAAUGAAGCCAAAGAAAGUGAUCGGCUGGAUUCUAAAUGACCUGCUCAGUUAUUUGAAACAACAUUCCCUUACAGUGAAGGAAAGCCCAGUCAGUCCUUUUCUCCUGGCUGACCUUCUGAACCUUCUAGAAAAAAAAGAAAUUUCUUCUACAGCAGCAAAGCAGGUGCUUGCAGAAUUGUGGAAGGGAGAAGGGAAGGCUCCUCUUGAAAUUGUUAAAGAAAAGGAACUUGAACUGAUACAGGAUCAAAAAGAGCUUGAACAGAUCUGCCAGGCGGUGAUUGAUGGACAAGAAAAUGAGGUUAUGGCGAUAAAGGCAGGAAAUCAAAAAGUUCUAAAUAAGUUAAUUGGGCUGGUACAAAGAGAAACACAAGGACGAUCCAAUCCUGUUCUGGUGAAGCAGUUAUUAGAGAAGAAGCUGUCAGAGUAGCCACAAGAGAAAAACCAUACAAGUGUCUGCAGAAGACAUGUGCUUCAUUCUGUCUGGUCCACUGCAAAUGAACUUUGGUGCCAUAGCAUGAGGACUGUUGGUUAUACUUCAAGCAGCAUUACAUCCUACCCUUCCCCGGAUACAUCAGCCCAAGGCAGAUGAGCAAAAGAAUAGCAGGAGAUGAUACAGUCAUUUGCAUCUCCCUCACUUUGGUGUGGCAUUCAGAAAUGUGAUUUCCACACAGCCACGGGAAACAAGUUCCCAGGGGUGUCUUGUGAGUAUGCAGAGAGCUGAAGCUGUAUUGGUUAGUUUUGUAAUAAAGUUAAGUGUAAACUCAGCUUUUCUAGCUGCCUUUUUGUGAGAAGGGAAAUUCACAGAUCUUGAACAUGAAAGCUGGUGGUGCACAAUAACAAGUCAUUGUAAAUUAGUGCUAGCACACUAGUAACAAUGAUUAAAACACCUAGCAGUAAUUAAGAAGACCACAUGUGCCUCCAUGCCUAGCAGAAGGGAAAACAACAUCCACUGCUAUCAUUCUUCCUGGUUUCUUAAGGAAGUGCCUGAGGCUAGUGCCACAAACGGGUAAGUGCCUACAUCUAAGAAUUAGCUGUCAGAUUGUUUGUUCACCUUCUUCUUGUUAGGUGCCUAAACAUCUGCUUUGCCUACUCACAGCUCUUUCAGUUCUGAAGAGUGCCUAAUGGAUGUAUGCCUGAGCCCUUCCAAGGCUCACAUCCCCUUAGGGCCUGGGAAGUUCAGUAUAGC